GAUCACGUGGGACAACAUCUGCCAUAUGGGUCCCACCAAAGCUCAAUCAAAAGAAAAGAGGUCUGUGCAUGACCGCCGCGGUUUUAGAGCUCCACUGUAGCAAGAGGCGCGUCGGGACUUUUGCAGCAAUCAAGUCAAGAAACAGCAAUCGCAAACAGGAUCCUUCACCAAACAUCAACACCACCAGGCAUUUCUUCAUCCCCACCACCUCACAGUUCACGAUAGCAGUUGUCAAAUUGCGAUCGCGUAAAUCCUACAACAGUAUUUCCACACCCAAUUUUAGCGAUUCGCGAACAAGCAGAUCUUUCCACAGCAGCCACUACAUCACCACUACAUCACCAACAAUGGCCUCUCGCUCGAGGUCUCGGUCGGCCGACCGCUACGACGACGACCGCUCCAGGUCUCCCACACCUCGCCGCCACCGUUCUCUUACACCCCGCUCCGCCCGCGACUACUCGCGCGAACCCUCGCCCACCCUCAGAGACAGAGACGCUUCCUUCGACCGUGAACGAGGCCGCUCCCCGCCCCGCAGGAAUGGUGGUGGUGGUGGUGGUCGCAGCCUGAGCCCGCCACCCGCUCGCGCUAGGAGCUACAGCCGUGGAGGAGAUAGUCGCUCGAGAUCCAGAAGCCUUACCCGCAGCCCGAGCCCACUUCAGCCCGUCAGGAGCACCAAGAUUGUCGUCGAGCGCUUGACCAAGAACAUCAACGAGAACCACCUUCGCGAGAUCUUUGGCCAGUUUGGAGAGAUUGAGGAUCUGGAUUUGCCUCUGAACAGGACAUCCCGCACAAAUCGCGGCACAGCCUACAUCCUCUACGUACACGAAGCCGGCGCCGAAGCCGCCAUCGCCCACAUGCACGAAGCUCAGCUCGACGGCGCCGUCAUCAAUGUUUCUAUUGUCCUUCCCCGCCGCAAAUUCUCUCCUUCUCCACCUACCGCUCGUAGGGGCGCCAACUACGAUCCCCGCCAACCCCCGCCGGGACCCAGAGGAGGAGGCCGCGGCGGCCGUAACAGAUCCCCCGGACCCCGUGGUGGUGGACGUCACGCACACCGUUCCGAUACUUAUCGACCUCGGUCGUUGUCACGAUCGCGAUCCCGUUCUCGCUCCCCCGUGGCCGCGUCUGGAGGAAACAGGAGAUACCGGUCUAGGUCACGCUCUUGGUCCUCCCGUUCACGCUCUCCUAGUCCGAGGGGCGGACGUGGCGGAAGAGGAGGAGGUGGUAGAGGCGGAAGAAAUGACGUGGACGACAGAGGACGUAGGAGUCUUAGCCGCGCUAGUUACGACAGCUAUGAUCGCAGGAGUAGGAGCCGCAGCCGCAGCCGUGAUUGGGACAGACGUUAGGUGCAUCCCUCACGCAGGGUUUGCACGUGGCAGCCUGGGGGAGAUUCUCGCGGUGCAUAGGACGAGGUAAAGGAGGAAGGUAAUCGGUUAAUGGGAGCAUCAGGCGUUGGGAGAGGC